CGUGGUUAGACGGCCGCUAGGGCAGUCAACUGCGGCGCAGAAAUGGAGAAUUGAUAGAUGUGAUCAACAUGUAGCGGACGUGACGAAUUAUAGAUGACAAAAAGCGGCCGAAAGAAACUAGUGAUAGAGCUGCAAUACCUCGGCAGCGCGUACGACGGCUGGCAGCCGCAACCGAACCAGUCGAGCGUCUACGACGUGGUCGCCGCGGCACUGCACAAAUGCACGGGCGAAACGUACGGCCCUGUGGUUGCGGGAAGGACGGAUAAAGGCGUACACGCAAAACAUCAGCUCAUUUCCGUGCGCACGGAGCGGUCCCACGAUCACGAGGCGCUCGUCGCAGCGCUGAACGUAACACUACCAAAAGACGUGCUAGUGCUGUCGGCGCGAGAGGCUCCUGCGACGUUCCACGCGACGACAUCGGUGCGCCAAAAGACCUAUUCCUACUACCUGGCGCUCGGGGACGCCGCAGGAGACGACGUGGCCUGGCGCGUCGAGGGCCUCGAUCUUGCUAAAAUGCGGGCCUGUGCGCAGCGCUUCGUCGGCGAGCACGAUUUCAAAGUGUUCUCUGCCGGCGGUAAAGCGAGCGGCACCACGGUGCGAACCAUCCGCGCCGUUGUCGUGGAGGAACUCGAGCACGUAGAGCUGGCGUUCGUCGGCCACGUCCAGGGCCCGCUCGUGCGGGUGGGAUUUGAAGGUGAGGGCUUCCUCAAGCACCAGGUCCGGCGCAUGGUCGGGGCGCUCGUGCGCGUCGGGCGCGGCGACCUAGCCGAGAGCGUCGUGGCAGACGCGCUCCGCGACCCGGCGACGCCGCGGCCGGAGGUUUCUUCUCGCGCUUUCGUCGCGCCGGCGCGCGGGCUGUGGCUGGAGCGCGUCGACUUUGACGGGUCCGUGCUUCACUACUGA